CAAUCUAUACCUCGCUCGCUCCUCGCUAGUCCACCACCGCACCUAACAGCCGCCAACCUCUCCCUCGACUCGUCGUCGUCGGCUUCGAUUCGAUCGAUCGAGGCGAGGAGGAGGAGGAGCUAGGGUUUCGGAUGGGAGGAGGAGGAGGGUUGUAGAAGCGCGGGGGCAGGCUGCGGUGGAUCGUCGAUGGGGGAGCAGCCGGCGCGGGGGGCGGCGUCGUCGGCGUCGGAGUCGUCGCCGCUGAUCCCACCGCCGUCGGAGAUCGACAUCGAGGCCGGGGCCGGGGACCAGUUCCAGUGCCGGAUCUGCCUCGAGACCGACGGGAGGGAUUUCAUCGCGCCGUGCAAGUGCAAGGGGACGUCCAAGUACGUCCACCGCGACUGCCUCGACCACUGGAGAGCCGUGAAGGAAGGAUUUGCCUUUUCGCAUUGCACCACUUGUAAAGCUCCUUACUAUUUGAGGGUUCAUGUUCACACUGAUAGGAAAUGGCGAACAUUGAAAUUUCGUUUCUUCGUUACUAGAGAUAUAUUAUUCAUCUUUGCUCUAGUGCAGUUUGUCAUAUCUGCAUUAGCGUAUUUGGUGCAUUUUAUUGAUGGAUUACAGAAUUACUGGUUGAGGACAGCCUGGGCAUUUGACAAUGAAGUUAGUUUUUAUUACAUAUGUGGGGCAUUGCUAUUUUUUGCUUUGCUUGGGUUAUCAGGAUGCUUCAUAACUUGUUAUGACCGAAGAGUACGGAAUGACCUGGCACAGCCUUGUCGAGAGUUAUGUCUUUGUUGCUGCCAACCAGGGAUGUGUGCAGAUUGCCAUCUACCUGGUACGCUUUGCAUGUGGACAGAUUGCACUACAUGCUUUGAGGGCUGUGCAACGACAGCUGGAGAGUGUGGUGGUUGCUUGGGUGGUGCUGGAGAAGCAGGGUUACCAUUGCUCUUUAUCAUGGGAGUAAUCGUGCUUGGACUAUUCACAGUUAUCGGCAUUUUCUACAGCGUCUUGGUAGCAACCAUGGUGGGUCAGCGGAUCUGGCAGAGACACUACCAUAUUCUUGCAAAACGAAUGUUAACUAAGGAAUAUGUUGUGGAAGAUGUCGAUGGCGAGCGCGCGGAUUGGUGUCCGCCCCCUCUCCCUUCGGAGCAUGUCCAACAGCUGAAGUCUCUGGGGCUUCUAUAAUCUGUAGCCCAUGAUUAUACCAAUGAUGACCUUAAUUUAGGACUUGCGGCACUAUCCAGCUGUACAGGAGAUGAUACAAAUUAAGCGGUGAAGCAGGCGUUUCGGUUUUUAAGCAGCCAAAUGCACAACAAUAUCGUUUGUCUUUUUUUGUACAUUGUAACAAGGGAAUACCUAUCUGAAAAAUGACAACAGCAUUUGAUUUUUAUACGAUGAAUGGUUUCACAGUUUUAUUUCGAUGAGCUCA